AUGACCAUCAACGAAGAGUUCACGUUUAAUGACCUGGUGAAGAAGACCAAACCGGACUGUAAAGACAAGAUCACCAUAAAUUUGUUGAUCAGAAUUAAAGGCAUACGGCGAUUGGGGAACCAAAGAAAUGCUCAAUAUUCAUCGAUCGAAACAAUUCCCGAGCUCGACAUAGAUGCUACCUUUGGGACUGAACCUGUGCUCGACGGGCAGGAAUUCAGGCGCUUCACUGACAACCUUGCAAAGAUUGCAUCAGCAUUUCAUGACAAAGCUACCACUAACGAAGCUACAGCACGAAGUUACAUUAACCCUUUUAUGGUUGAGGCAGUCGCUAAAGUUAGGUCGAAACAUCUGUCAACAAUGCUGGCUGUUGAAGAGGACUUCGGACGGAAGUCGCGGCUAUGGUCGUCUGGAUUAUCAGAGGUACCAAACAUUGUCGAUUUUGUUUUAAUUACUCAUUCCGGGCUGUUCUGCUUACACAUUGCUACUUUUCAGAAACGUAAGCGCAAGCUUGGUGAGUCAAUCACCAAACCCCCAAUCAUCUGCGGCAUCGUGUCGACUGGAAUAGUGUGGCAAUUCCUUCGCUGGUCCGGUACACCAGAAGACCCUACUGUAAAAAUCUCUAAGAUGUACGUUUGUCCAUUCGGAGGAGAUAUGCGUGAAGUCAAGGAAGUGGUUUCUAUCAUUAUUCGUGUUCUUCAAUCACAAGCCAGUGUGUUGACACCACAAAUCGAAGUGGAAACUGAAAGAAUUGACAAAGAUAAGAAAGAAGAUGAAGAGCGAUUGGCCAAAAAACACAUCAAUGUUCUAUCCAUAUCAGUGAUCUCAAAGAUGAAGACUUUGCCCAAAGCCACCGAGGAAUAUAAAGCAAGUCAGUUAGAAAGAGAAAGUAAAGAAGCAUGA